CGGUUGAAUCCACCGCAAUUUAUUCAGUUCAGCGGCUCCGCAAGCAGAAACACACACACAGGAAAUAUGACCAAGACAAGAGUUUACGUUAUCGGCGUGGGCAUGACCAAGUUCGAGAAGCCCGGCCGUCGUGCUGAUGUCUGCUAUCCGGACUUUGCCAAGGAGGCCAUCACCAAGGCUCUGCAGGACGCCAACAUUAAGUACGAAGAGGUGCAGCAGGCUGUGACCGGUUACGUCUAUGGAGACUCCACCUGCGGCCAGCGGGCUGUCUACGAGGUGGGAAUGACCGGCAUUCCCGUCUACAAUGUGAACAACAACUGCUCGACAGGAUCCAGCGCCCUGUACCUGGCCAAGCAGAUCAUCGAGUCUGGAACCUCCGACUGUGUGCUGGCCCUGGGCUUCGAGAAGAUGGAGCGUGGCUCCCUGGCAUCAAAGUACUUUGACCGUGCCAAUCCCAUGGAGCGUCACAUCACCGAGAUGGGUGAACUUACCGAAAUUGGACCUGGACCCAUGGCCGCCCAGAUCUUUGGCAAUGCUGGCAAGGAGCACAUGAAGAAGUACGGCACCAAGCCCGAACACUUUGGCAAGAUCGCCUGGAAGAACCACAAGCACUCCGUCAAUAAUCCCUACUCGCAGUUCCGCGAUGAAUACACUCUGGAGCAGAUUAUGAAGUCGCCGCAGGUGGUCGAGGGAGUGCUGACCAAGCUGCAGUGCUGCCCCACCUCUGAUGGCUCUGGUGCUGCUAUCCUGGCCUCCGAGCAGUUCGUGCGUCGCCAUGGCCUGGAGAAGCAGGCUGUGGAGAUCGUGGGCAUGGAAAUGGCCAGUGACCCAGCAUCCACAUUCGCGGACAAGAGUCUGAUGAAGAUCGCUGGCUACGAUAUGACUGCCCUGGCCAGCCAACGUUCUCUUGCCAAGAGCGGCUACAAGCCCCAGGAUGUGCAGGUGGUGGAGCUGCACGAUUGCUUCUCCGCCAACGAGCUGGUGACCUACGAGGCCCUGGGCCUGUGCGGCGAGGGCAAGGCUGGCGAGUUCAUUGAUCGCGGAGACAACACAUACGGCGGCAAGUUUGUGGUGAAUCCCAGCGGUGGCCUCAUCUCGAAGGGUCAUCCUCUGGGAGCCACUGGCCUGGCCCAGUGCGCUGAGCUGUGCUGGCAGCUGCGUGGUCUGGCAGAGAAGCGCCAGGUGAACGGUGCCAAGCUGGCGCUGCAGCACAAUCUGGGUCUGGGUGGGGCUGUGGUGGUGGCUCUGUACCGCCUGGGAUUCCCGGGAGCAGCCAAUGCCAAGUUGUAAAUGUUUAGAAUCGGAUUUUGUACAUAUUUACUAUUAAACCUGAACUCUUUUAGACUC